ACACAGAGUGAGUGGGGGCAGCUGAAGUUUGUCCGCUGGUCGCUGUCGCUGUGCGCAAAUUCAGUGGUUCGAAACUGCCGAGUCAGCCCAACAAAAGAGUGUUUAUUGUUUUGUGGUUUUUCAUUGUGAUUGACGGCCGUGUCUGCCGCCCCGUCGCCGAGUUUUGUUGUUUUGCGGUAUUGUUUGUUACGCAUCGGAAGGUGAGUCCGUAGCAGUGGAAUUAUUUGCAGGCGAAGCCCACCACUGCCGAAAAAGUGCUGAUCCAGGUGAAAAAGUGUCUGCGGCCAGUUCGUCGUCGUCAGCAAGAUCGAUUGGCAGCCUCGUACGGUCUAGUAACGGAAUUGUUGGAUCUUGUGUGGUGAAAUUCGGAUUGUGAGCACGGUGCUAUAAACUGCAACCAUGGCAGAAAGAUUCCUGCCGUGUAAGGUCCUACAGCCGCUGACGUCAUUCGAUCGUGGCUACCUCAAGGACAACCACUACGAUACGGUUUGCGUGAUCGAUGGCAGCCAGGUUCCGACCGAACUGGCCAAUUGCUUCGCUGCCCGCAAAUCGAUCGACGAGGCUUUCGACAGCGAAACGUGCUGCUUCAAGUCGGAUGCUUUGGACUGCCGCGUGGUCUACGCUCCCGUGGGUAAGUUGACCGAUUUCGAUGACGUUCGUCGGUACAGUGAGGCCGCCGGGAAGGCUCUGGAUCGUGCUAUCAAGGCCGGAGCUAAGCAGCCGGUUUUGGUAGUUCCAAGCAGUAAGGAUUUUUCGGAGGCUGAUUUGGUGUCGGUUCUGGGAGCGUUGGCGAAGCUAUAUGUCCCGCUGCAACUACGUGAGGAUGUGCCGGAAAAACGGCAGCGAUUUGUACAGAUUGGUUUCUUCCAUCCUGAUAAGGCAAAGCUGGAAUUAAUUGUGAAGGAAGCUAAAGCUUUCGAAGCAGGUCUUUUUGUUGCUCGUGACAUCGGUGGAGGUGAUCCGGAGCGCAUGGCUCCUCCUCGAGUGGAACAAUAUGUCAGCGAUGGAGUCUACAAUAGCAAACUCAUCGUCAGCUCUGUAAUUUCCGAUCACAACGUGUUGGUUAAGGAAUAUCCACUGUUUGCCGCAGUCAAUCGAGCGGCCGUUAGUGUUCCCCGUCAUCAGGGACGGUUGAUCUUCUUGGAGUAUAAAUCGGGCAGUAACCCGACGAAGACUCUGAUUUUGGUAGGAAAGGGAGUUACUUACGAUACCGGUGGUGCCGAUAUCAAGGCUGGAGGUGUGAUGGCCGGUAUGAGCCGAGACAAGUGCGGAGCGGCCGCCGUGGCCGGAUUCAUGAAAGUGGUGGAGCAGAUGCAGCCGCAGGACGUGCAUGUGAUUGGCGUUAUGUGCAUGGUUCGUAACUCCGUCGGUGAGGAAUGUUACGUGUCGGAUGAAAUGAUCACAUCCAGAGCGGGAGUGCGGGUUCGCGUGGGGAAUACCGAUGCCGAAGGGCGUAUGGCCAUGGCCGAUGCGUUGUGCCAGAUGAAGGAGCGAGUCAUCGCCGAGAAAAUGCCGGAUGCCCAUCUGUUCACGAUCGCAACCCUGACGGGGCAUGCCGUGCUAGCUGUUGGCAAUCAUUCGAUUGUGAUGGACAAUGGACCGGCCCGGGCUUCCGGCCAUGGACAACUGUUGCAGGAGGAAGGCGAGAAAAUUGGAGAUCCGUUUGAGAUUUCCAUUCUUCGCAAGGAGGACUUCGAAAUGCACUCGGGCAAGUGCUACGGAGAGGACGUGCUGCAGGCCAACAAUCUUCCAUCGAGCCGUACUUGUCGAGGACAUCAGAGUCCUGCCGCAUUUAUGAUGCUCUCCACCGGUCUGGACAAGCAUGGUCUCAAGUCGGAGCGUCCGAUCAAAUAUUCGCAUCUCGAUAUCGCCGGCAGUGCCGGUGACAUCCCGGAUCCACCGACUGGCGCACCGAUCCUGGCCCUGGCCCGUGCUCACCUUCUGCGUUGAAGUGUAAUCCCCGGUGCCCACAUCACAUGUAUGUAACACUAUAUUCAUCACGUAAGUAGCGAAUCCCUCAAGUUACGCUGAGGUACGCAUGCAGUGGUUACUUGUCAACUUACCCUGUCGCUUGCUAGCGCGCGACGUAAAAAAUCCAGUUAUACCUAUGUUGUACUUAUUAAGCAAAGCGAAAAAUGCGAAGCAAAGUGAUCGUCAUCACAGUAGUAGUAAUAAAGAGAGCACUUUUGUUUUACAUCGAA